AUGUCAACAGCACAGCAUCCCCCAAUAACUGUCCUCACCUCCUCUCGAGCCAUCGUGUCAGGCGAAAUGACUGCUGCCACAAUAGUUGUCUCUCUCAGCACUGGCAAAAUCACCUCAGUCUUCCACUCGGUACUUCCACCUUCAAGCUUCCCUGCUGAAACACCUUACACCGACUAUUCUCCCCAUGUACUGCUGCCCGGACUCGUCGACGCGCAUGUUCAUCUCAACGAGCCUGGACGGACAGAAUGGGAGGGAUUUUGGACAGGCACUCAGGCCGCUGCAUCUGGAGGAGUCACAACGGUCAUCGAUAUGCCGUUGAACGCCAUACCACCGACGACAACUGUACACGGGCUGAGAGAGAAAGUGAAAGCUGCCGAAGGACAAUGCUGGGUCGAUGUCGGCUUCUAUGGCGGCAUCAUCCCAGGCAACGUUCAAGAGUUGAAACCUCUGAUCCAGUACGGUGUGAGAGGUUUCAAGGGUUUCCUGAUUGAUAGCGGAGUUGAAGAAUUCCCAGCUGUCUCGUCGACUGAUAUUGCCGAAGUCAUGGCAGAAUUGGCAGACGAGCCCACAACGUUGAUGUUCCAUGCCGAGAUGAUUCCUCCAAUCGCAGAUUCCGUGGGCGACAACGUCCAAUGGUCAUUACCACCACUGGCACCAAUCGGUCCUCUGAAUGAAUACAAGACGUUCCUUGCCUCGCGCCCAACCUCAUUUGAAACUUACGCCAUUUCCGAAAUUCUCUCUCUAGCACUUCUUGCCCCAAACCUCCCCCUCCACAUUGUCCAUCUCUCGGCUAUCGAAGCCAUCCCGCUGCUCCGCGAAGCCCGAACAGCCGGUAUCAAAAUCACAGCAGAAACAUGCUUCCAUUACCUGACUCUAGCAUCGGAGAAGAUACAGGACGGUGACACAAGACACAAAUGCUGUCCACCCAUACGCACGCAAUCAAACCAAGAUGGGCUAUGGGAUGAACUCCUUUGGGAAGACGACGGUGUAAUCAAGACCAUAGUAUCAGACCACUCACCAUGCACACCUGAGCUCAAGCUCCUUCCACCUUCCAUUGCUGGCAAUCCGCUACCGACACCACCCUCGGAAGAUGACAAAGAAAUGGGCAAUUUUUUCUCGGCAUGGGGCGGCGUCUCGUCCGUUGGUCUUGGGCUCCCCCUCCUUUGGACUUCUGCCUAUCAGAACAACCGCAAGAUCGCACCAGAGGACAUAGCACGCUGGUGUUGCGCCAACACAGCUUUGCAAGUGGGGCUCGAAAAGAGCAAGGGGCAACUGGCUGUGGGAUUCGAUGGCGACGUUUGUGUUUUUGAUGAUGAAGCGGAAUGGGUAAUUGGUGAGGGUGGCGAGGGCAUGUUGUGGCGGAAUAAGGUGAGUGCGUACGCUGGGAAGAACAUGAAAGGGUGUGUAAAGGAGACAUGGGUAAGAGGGCGGAAAGUAUAUGAAAGAGGAAGAGGGUUCGUGGAGAGGAAGCCCGGAGGUAAGCUGUUGUUGGAGAAAAGGGUCAAAGCUUAG